GUAACUGGUCAUGGUAUCAAGUUGUCAAAACGGCUUCAGUUUUCACACCGCCUGACAUUCCUGUGCCUUCGGGCCUGCGAACAGUUAUUCCUUUGUUUAUUCGGCGCUUGACAGCUUUCGUGCGCCUUAGUUUCCUGCCAAUAAUGGUUGUGGGCGGAGUUAUUGUGUAAUCCUGUAUGUUUCAGUGACAUCAAAGCUACUCCCGAGUACCACCACAGCAUCAGACACCUAGAAAGAGGUGGUAAAUUCUAUAAGGAUAUUUGCAGCAGCGUAUGAUGUCAUCUCACGAAUCCGGCUCGGAUGGCUUCGGCGAGCGUGAGGCUGCACAGGUGUUUUUCAGUGUAGCCGAAAUUAUAGCACGCUGCAUGGCGAACAAGACCCGCACGAGAAGAUUCCUACGCCGCGGUUUGUACGUGGCCCGCCGCCAAUUGUACACCUUGGCCACAGUGGAGGAAUUCAUCAGAGGGAAGGAGAAUAGACGCUGGUAUCCCUUUAUCAGGAGGCAACUCGACGAGUCGCUGGACUCGCUCGAGAACGUGGUGGAUUUUAUGAACAUGAUUGGGGACGAAAUAAACCGAGAAUCAGCUUGAUGGCCGAAUAAUUUGCCCAAAUUUGAAAAUAUAUUAUCAAGUGUAAUGUUUAUUCGUACGCUGCCAAGUACUUUAUUAUCCAAAUAAUUAAAUUUCAUGUGUGAACUGUUUGAUCUCAACCACAUCCAUUUACGGAACGUGUCAUGUUUAAGGAACAAUGUCUCAUUAUUCAUUCAUGCUGUAGCAAAUUUAAUUGUUGUGACGAGGACAUUCACAUAACUCUAAUGGUGUAAAGUACGGCAUUAGAUCAUUGUAAUUCUGUACAGUUGUGGAGUGUAAUAAAACGAGUUUCUGAUUAAUAUA